AUGGGGUGCGUGUCGGGAAAACAAAAAUAAAAAAGAGCUUUAUUUUAAUAUGAAAUAUAUGAAAGAGUUUUGCCUAAUGUAAUAAAAGAGGAGAAAAGAUAUGAUGUGAAUAAAAAUCCAAUAGUUUAACGAAGAGUUAAAAGUAAUUCUCAAACUCCAGAUCAAUAAUCAAGAACUAAGCAAUGUUCUGACUACCUUCCAAGUUCCAAACCUUAAUUUUGA